AUGAAGGCAAGGCAUGUGCUGGCAAGCCAAGCCGUGGCCCUCGCACUCAGCCCGGGGCCGUGCAAAGUUGCCAGCAGGAGGGGUGGCCAGAAGCUGCCUGAGUACAAGCCUGUGGUGGUGAGUGCAAGAGAUGUGGGCAAGAGUGGGCAGACCACCCAGCUGAAUCACCUAGAGAACCACAACCCCACAAUCCAGGAUUCUUACUGGAAGGAGUUGGUCCUAGACCAUGGGGGCUGCAUCCUGAACGUGCUGGAUACAGCAGGCCAGGCAAUGCAUAGGGCCCUUCAUGACCUGAUCAGUGAUGGUGUGUUGAGUGAUGGUGUCUUUGCUCUCAAUGACCCCUCCUCUGUAGCCUAGCUGCAGCAAAUAUGGGCCACCUAAGUCCCUCACCACGCCCAGCUCAUCCUGGUAGGCAACGAGUAUGACCUUGUGACCACCACCAGAGAUGCUCCUGUCGCUGCUACAACUCUUGCCCAGAGCUGGGGGGGCUCCUUUGUAGAGACCCCAGCCAAGACAUGCCAAGCUACAGAGGAAGCCUUUUCUCUGCUUGUCCAUGAGAUCCAGAGGGCCCAGGAGGCCAUGGAAGGAGCAGGCCCUGCCCCCAUCUCCAGGACUCAUAAGUAUGCACUGACAGCCCAGCAGAGUCCACACUUUCUGCUCACAAGCCUCACAAGCAGCCACCUUUGA